UAAAUUUAAACAGAAUAAGCAGAUGAUUCGGUUUUCCGGUCCAAGUAUUGAAGUUGAUUAUUAAAUAAAAAAAUAACUAAAACAUUUAGUCAAACUAGUCAGUGAUAAAAAUUAAAAUUGUUCUACAAUAAUAUAAUUUAAUAAUUAGUGAUGACUGAUGAGUGAUGAUUUAUGACGUGUGUUAGGAAAGUAGGAUUAUAAUAUGAUAAGCCUUGAAAGUUUAAGUUGAUAAUUAUUUAUGUUGAAUAAUUAUUUUUUAUUACUAAUUAUCAAUUAAUAGCUAAUAAACUCUAAAGCUCUCCAACACACUCAAAUCUCAAGUCCUAUUACCUAUAUCUACUAAUUUCUACCAUUGCCUUGACUUUUGAACAAUAUCAUCAUUCCUUGUUAAUACUGUACCUUCAUUUUGAGUUUUUAAGAUUAAAAUGGAGCCAGUUCAUCCACUAACUAAUGUUUUUCGAUAUGUUGAAGAUAAUAAAACCAAAUUUGUGGAAACAUUAUCACAGGCAGUUGCAAUUAAAUCCAUAUCUGCUGAUUCUGAAUUGAGAAAUGAAGUCUAUAAAAUGAUGCAAUGGGCUCUAGUAAAAUUAAAAGCAUUAGGUGCUGAAGUUGAGUUAUGUGAUAUUGGCCAACAGACGUUAAAAGAUAAGAAAAUUCAACUUCCACCAGUCCUAAUAGGAACAUUAGGUAAUGACAAAUCUAAAACCACAAUAUGUCUCUAUGGACAUUUAGAUGUACAACCAGCUGACAUUUCGGAUGGAUGGGAUAGUGAACCAUUUGUUUUAACUGAAAAAAAUGGAAAAUUGUAUGGAAGAGGUUCUUCAGAUGACAAAGGUCCAGUCCUUGGAUGGCUCAACGCUAUUGAAGCAUAUCAAAGUACUGGGACUGAAAUUCCAGUUAAUUUAAAGUUUGUUUUUGAAGGAAUGGAAGAAUCUGGUAGUGUUGGAUUGGAUGAACUAUUGAUAAAAAAGAAAGAUACAUUUUUAAAAGAUGUUGAUUAUGUGUGUAUAUCAGAUAGUUAUUGGUUGGGCACAGAAAAACCUUGUUUAACAUAUGGACUCAGAGGUAUGUGCGCUUUCAUGGUUGAAGUUGAAGGUUCCAAUAAGGAUUUACAUAGUGGAAUGUAUGGUGGAACUGUGUACGAAGCAAUGUCAGAUUUACUAUACAUUCUCAAUCAAUUGGUUGAUGUAAAAGGUAAUAUUUUAAUACCAGGGAUUAACGAAGGAGUAGAACCAUUAUCUGAAAAAGAAAAAGAAUUGUAUGAAAAAAUAGACUUUGAUGUAGAUGCAUACAUCAAUGAAAUUGGUGCACCUAAGCCACUGAAAGAAACUAAAGAAGAAUUAUUAAUGAGUAAUUGGAGGUAUCCAAGUUUAUCAGUUCAUGGAAUUGAAGGAGGAUUCUCAGGCUCUGGAUUUAAAACUGUGAUACCUCGUAAGGUAAUAGGAAAAUUUUCCAUUCGAUUAGUGCCAAAUCAGGUACCAUCAAGAAUAACAGAAAUAGUUAAAGAUUAUGUUCAAAAUAUUUGGGAAAAGCGACAAAGUCCUAACAAAUUCAAGAUUUACUCAGCUAGUGAAGGUAAUCCCUGGAAGACAGAUCCAUUCAAUGCUCACUUUUUAGCAGCUCAUGAAGCUACUAAAACCGUUUACAAUGUCGAACCAGAGUAUACAAGAUGUGGUGGAUCUAUACCUGUUACAUUAACUUUCCAAGAAGUUACUGGUAAGAGUGUAAUGUUAUUACCAAUGGGUGCUGGUGACGAUAGUGCACAUUCGCAAAAUGAAAAGAUUGAUGUACGCAAUUACAUUGAAGGAACCAAAUUGAUGGCAGCAUAUCUCUAUGAAGUAUCUAAAAUAAAGAAUUAAAUUAAAUAUAAAUGGUAUAUUUUUUAGCAUUCGUUAAUAAAUCUUAUAUUCUAUUUUAUAAUACAUAAAUAUCAUUUAUUCAUUUUAUAAUUUAUAAUAAAAAAUAUAUUAAAAUAUUCAUAAAUCAUAAUAUAACAGAGAAUGUUUAUAUUUUUAA